CGGGUCGCCGUGAGGAGGAGCAAACGUCGCCCUAGCAACGGACGGGGCUUGGAUCAAUGUGUAGCAGCAGAGUCCUUCUAAACUGAGUUGAAAUUAAACGAGAAACACAGAUUCCUCAUUUUUUGUUCACUAACUGAUACCGUUAUGGCCACAAGCAACCCGUCAGUGUUUCUUCUAACGGUGAAUGGUCAAAUUGAGGGAGCGAAUUUUCCAGAGUAUGACAACCUGUAUUGCAAAUACUGUUUUGUCUACGGACACGACUGGGCUCCCACCUCGGGGCUGGAGGAAGGCAUCACUCAAAUUACCUGUAAGGGCAGUCAGUCAUCACACAAAUUAAUAUGGAACUUCCCGCUGGAAACAACGUUUAAGAGCACAAACCCAUCUGGAUGGCCUCAGCUUGUGGUGAGUGUGUAUGGUCCAGAUGUGUUUGGCAAUGAUAUCGUCCGGGGUUAUGGAGCAACACACAUCCCCUUCACACCUGGACAGCAUACAAGAACCAUCCCCAUGUUUGUUCCUGAGCCCACAUGGAGACUUCAGAAAUUCACAAGCUGGCUGUUGGGACGACGGCCUGAGUACACAGACCCUAAAGUAGUGGCCCAGGGUGAAGGCAGAGAAGUGACACGGGUUCGUUCCCAAGGCUUUGUCACAGUCUCCUUUCACAUCAUGACUAAAGACAUGAAGAAGCUGGGAUAUGACACUGGCCCAUCAAGCCCCAGAAACACACAAUCUGCCACAUCUGGCUGGUCGACAGAAGAACAACCAUGACAUAUAAUAACAACAAAAACAAAAAUGCUUGGUCCUCACCAAAACAAAAGCACAACACUAAUAUAAAAUGAUGUUUACUUCCUCAGUUACUGUGGAAACCCACAAUGCAAUGCCACAGUCACUUCCGAAACAAAGUGGCAAGAACCCCCACACAUAGGCCCCAGUGUUUUAUAGUAAAAUGUGUAGAAAUGAAAUUUUCAAAUUUAAGCUGGCUUCAAAUAUUUGUAUUUGUGUUUUACUAUAUUUUUUACUUUUUUCUAAAUAAAUAUGGACUUCAAAUGUU